AUGGCGCAUCUCAGUGGACACACCUCCAUCCCAGUGGAUGACGUCUCAUCCCCGAAGGACGUGACCUAUGCCGAGUCUGACAGCACCACCGAGCUCAAUGCUGAUAGCGACACUAGCAUCUCAGAAUCAGGAGGCAGGUCUGUCACCACCUUGAGGCGGAAGAUGGCACAAUCACAGCCCAUCAGAGAACAAGUCGGGGGCUUGUUCGAGGAGAACGUCACUGCCAAAAUCUUCCGAACAGCCACAGAUGCGCUUGUGAACAAUGAUCCUCCUUUGGCAUAUCCAGAGUACGUCCUCCAGACGGGCCCGGAAGCCGGCAAGUACAUCUUGCGAGAGGCCGAUUUCUGGACGUGUGGUUUCUUCCCAGGUAACAUCUACUCCCUCAUUGAGAGACUAGUCAAGUUCCCUCACACCAUGCCCGGUGGGCAAGACAAGGCGGCUUUGCUGUCAAAGCUAUGGUCGCUCGGUGCCUCAUGGUCAGAACCCCUCCACACCACAGCCAAGCGCACGGAUACCCACGACAUGUCAUUCAUGAUCCAGCCGUCAAUGAGAGUAAGAUGGGAGGUUGCCCAAGACAAGCAGGCUUUGGACUCCAUCGUGACCGCGGCCAAGGCUCUCUACACACGGUACAACUCAACUGUCGGAGCCAUUCGGUCAUGGGACGCGCUGACCCAGCAUGGUGUCACUAUUACGAGUUUGACAGACGACUUCCUCGUUAUCAUCGACUCGAUGUGUAAUCUGGACCUGCUCUACUACGCUGCAUCUCACACCGGCGAGCAAGAGCUAUGGGAUGCCGCAACAAGACACGCCAAGACGUUGAUCAAGUCGAACCUCCGCGUCGAAAAGGAUUCCAGAGGUAUCAUCAAAGAGAAGAUGUACAGCAAUGUUCACGUCGUCAACUUUAAUCCCAAGGACGGUGAGAUCAAGGAGCGAAGAACGGGCCAGGGAUACGCCGCCGAGUCGACGUGGGCGAGAGGCCAAGCUUGGGGUAUUCUUGGCUACGCUCAGACGUUCCUGUGGACCGGUGACGAGGAGUUCUUGGAAGUGUCCCGCGGCCUCGCAGAAUACUUCUUCAUGCGGCUAGAGACGUCACCAAAGUCUGUCGAGUUCCCCGUGGAGGGCGAGAACAGAACGAAGGGCCGAUACGUCCCGCUCUGGGACUUUGACGCGCCGAUCGAGAACGAGGAAUUCCCUUUGAGAGACUCAUCCGCAGGUAUCAUUGCCGCCAACGGUAUGCUGGUUCUAUCCCAGGCCUUGGCGGGACAGGGUCUAGCGAAGGAGAGCGCGAGAUACCGGGAUAUGGCCCUUACAAUCGUGAAGGAUACCCUCGACUUCUCGCUGGCGAUGGAGAAGGCUAAGUUCGUCUUCAGCAAUGGCGACAUCUCGACCGCAGACGUCGAGGAGGGCAAGACAUUUGACGCUAUCUUGAAGAACGCUACGGCAAACCACAACACACGGGACCACAAGAGAUACUGGGAUCAUGGCUUGGUUUACGGCGACUACUACUUGAUUGAAUUCGGCAACAGACUGCUGAAGAUGGGAUUGGUGUAG